UUAAGUGUUAUGGUUGUCUUUUUACACACUUUUUUAAGCGUAUAGGGAGAAGUCAGUCUUCCACGUGCUCCUGGGGACUCUCUCCCUCUCUCCCUCUAUCUCUCUCCACAACUUCAAUGCCAUCAUAUAAUUAUUUUCUCCCACUCAAUUACACCCUCUGACCAUCUCUGCUUACUCCUUUUCUCUGUUUUGUUUGCUUCCCCCUCUCAAACCCCAUCUCUCCCAAGCACAGAAAACCAGAGAACAAAUACCCAUUAUUCUCCACCAAAAAUAAUGCAAAAAUAUCAAACACCCCAUCUCUAGUUGAGCACAAAGAUUUGGUUUUGGUUACAAGCUUGAUGAUGAUGAUGAUGGAAGGCAUCAAGGGAGGAGGAGGAGGGAGGGUGAAUGGCGUGGGGGGCCAUCAUGAUCAAGUUCAAGAUCAAGACAUGGGAGAUGGGAUGCAGUGCAGUGACCAUCCAUACAGAAACAACCCAGGAGGGAUCUGUGCUUUCUGCCUCCAAGAGAAGCUUGGGAAGCUUGUGUCUUCCUCUUUCCCUCUCCCCAUUCAUGCUUCAGCCUCCCCUUCUUCCUCCCCUUCUUUUAGAUCUGACACUGUCAAUGUUGGUGUUGCUCAUAAUGGCAAUGGUGUUGCUGCUGGUCCUUCUUCCUCUGCUGCCUCUCUCUCACUCUCCCUCUCAGUCCACCCAGCCUCAGCUUCUGCAAAACCUAGAAGCAAUAUUGGUAACAGUUAUCGUCAUGAAGAUGACUUCUACAGCACAAGGAGAGCCAGGAUUUCGUUUCUCUUGGCGAAGAAGAAGAAGAAAGUGAGCACUGCUACUUCUAAUGCUGCGUCUUCCGAUCGAGCGGCGGCUGAUGUUGUGUUCAAAAGAAGCAAAUCGACCACAACCCCAAGAAGAGCCCACCAUUUCCUGGAUGGUUCUGAGGACUUCAGCCCCAGAAAGAGAGGUGGGUUUUGGUCGUUUCUCUAUCACUCUUCCGCCAAGUCCUCCUCAUCAAACAGUUUGAACAAGAAAGCAAUCGAAAAGUCCAAGAUCUCGUCCUCUUCUUCCUUCACAUCGUCAGCGGCGCAGAAAGAUUCCAAAUGCUUGGGGUCGUCCUCUCAAAGGAAUAAAAGCGAACACCUUGCGGUCGAGGCAGUAGCUGCAGCAGACGACGACAGCGCUAGCCCCAACAGCAGCCAAGCCACUGCUGCCUCGGGCUCCUCGUUCGAGCGCAAGGUCUCGAGAUCCAGAUCCGUCGGGUGCGGCAGCAGAAGCUUCUCCGGCGACUUCUUCGAGCGGAUCUCAACUGGGUUCGGCGACUGCACUCUCAGAAGGGUCGAGUCUCAGAGAGAAGGCAAGCCGAAAGCCAGCGUCCACCGUCAGGGCGAGCACAACAACAGCCACUGCAUGAAAGAGCGAGUGAAAUGUGGUGGGAUUUUCAGUGGGUUCAUGAUGACAUCAUCAUCUUCAUCUUCAUCGUCUUCCUCUUAUUGGGUUUCGUCUUCUGCAGAUGGACAGCUCGUCCAUGGGCGCAGCAGGAGCUGGGGCUGGGCUUUUGCUAGCCCCAUGAGAGCCUUCACCAAGCCUUCUUCUUCUUCGAAAGAUGGGAAGAGAGAUAUAGUUAGGCAAGCUUCAGAUAAGAACACCACCCCCAACCUGAAUGCCAUUCCUUCCUUGCUAUCAGUCAGAGGUUGAUCUUCAUCACCAUUUUCAUCAUACACAUUAUUAAACUCUGUUAAUUAAUUAAAUUACUUAAAUUACCCACCUGUUUAUUAUUAAUUACUCUACUAGUCCCUGUGUUUAUUUAUCUUAAUUUGGUGGUCUGCAAUUCCAUUA